AUGAGCAAUAACAAGAAUCAGGAUCCGUCCGCGUCACCUCAGGACGGGCGAAAUGUUGCUGGUGGCCCUGCUCAGCAGGGCCUCUCGAUAGCGGCCGCGGCCACGCCAGCGUUUGAAGCCCAUGUUGCCGUCGAGCACGCUACCUUGGAGCGGCAACUCCAUUUCGACGAAAACAAUGUUUCAUUCCUUGGAAUAUACCGCUUCGCCGACACCAUUGACAUGAUAAUUGCCGCCAUUAGCACUCUGUGCGCAGUGAUUGCAGGCUCGUUGAUCCCAGUGACCCCGAUCAUCAGUUCACGAAUCAUAGAAGCAUUUUCGAAAGCCGAGGGGCAUGAUCAGGAUGCUGAAAGUCUCUUGAAUCGCUACACGGUGUACUACGCCUACAUUGUCCUGGUCGCAUUGGUGACCUGGUUCAUCGCAACAGCCGGCUUCAACUAUACCGGUGCGCGGAUCGCACGCCGGAUCAAGAUUCGCUUCUUUGCCGCCACUUUGAAACAAAACAUGGCAGUUUUCGAUGACAAUGGCAUCGGCGGCAUUCUCUCGCAGCUGACAGACGAUGCCAACGCCGUCCAGAAUGCCAUUUCGUCGAAGCUGUCUCAGACAAUUGCUGCACUGGGAACGCUAAUCGCCACUGUGGUCGUUUGCUUUGCUGUCGAUGCCAUUUUGAUGCUGGAGCUGAUUUGGUCGCUGUUUGUCGGCUACAUAGUGCUAUAUCUGGGUGGUGUCCUCACUGUCCGUUAUAGCACCCGCAGCAUAGAGGCUUCUUCCUCUGGGUCGGAAGUGGUCGAGGAAGCCUUUAGUUCCAUCAAAACCACCACCUCUCUUGGAAUUCAGAAAUACGUGCACAACACAUACAUGGGCUUCUUGAAGCAAUCGGCCAAAUACGGGUUUUUGAUCACCUCCCUUAACGGAAUCUUGAUUGCAAUUUGCGUCGCCACUGGCUAUCUCAAUGUGGCAUUGGCCUUUUGGCAAGGCGCGCGUCGCAUUACAGAAGGGAGCUCCAGUUUCACUGCUGUAGUGACCAUUGCCAUGGUUUCCAAGGCCGCCGCUUUUUGUGUUCUUGGAGUUGGUGCAAAUGUGGAAGCAUUUUCUUUGGCGGUGGCCGGUGCACGUCGUCUCAACCGCAUGAUUCUGCGUAUAUCGCCCAUUGAUUCUUCCUCUAGUGAAGGUCUCGCUCCAGGUCGAUUCAAUCCCACUAUAGAGCUACGUAACAUACGACACAUCUACCCUUGUCGGCCAGCCACUACGGUGCUAGACGACGUGAGCAUCCAGUUUCCGGCAGGAAAGACAACAGCCUUGGUGGGGCACUCUGGCUCCGGCAAGAGUUCUAUUGCGCAUCUUCUUCUACGGUUUUACGACCCAAUUGCCGGCGAGAUUUUGCUAGAUGGUAGGAAGUUGGCUGACUACCAGAUUAGUUGGUUGAGGCAGCAAAUGGCCGUGGUUAAGCAAGAACCUUUCAUGUUCAACAAGUCAGUAUUUGAAAAUAUCGAGCUGGGGUUUACCGGUGACCGUGGAACUCGAAUGUCACCCCCUGAAAGGCGCAAAGCCGUCGAGCAAGCCGCAAAAGUUGCGCAGGCCAGUGACUUCAUCAGCAAGCUGCCCCAAGGCUUCAAUACCAUUGUUGGGACUCGUGGGUCCAGGCUGUCGGGCGGCCAGCUCCAACGCAUUGCCAUUGCCCGAGCUCUAGUAAAUAAUCCGAAAAUUCUAAUAUUGGAUGAAGCAACGUCAGCCCUCGAUAGUGAGACGGAAGCGCGACUGCUCGCUACCAUGGCGGAGAGUGAAAGGCAGCAAACCAAUAUUGUCAUUGCUCAUCGUCUUUCCACGAUUCGAAGUGCCGACAACAUUGUCGUUAUUGACGCCGGAAAAGUCGUGGAAAGCGGCAAGCACGAUGACCUCAUGGCGGCAGAGUCUCACUACUACCACCUUGUCAAAGCACAAGACCAGGAUCAUGAUAAACAAGAUCCCUUUGACGAUGCUUAUGAGUAUCGACCUUCAACGGAUAGCAUAGCUGCGCACGACAGCGAACCAGCCUUGGAAGACCUCGCCGCUCAAACAGAACGUUCUAUACAGUCUACUUCAAUCUGGUCAAUGAUUUUGUUCAUGAUUAAGCUCAGCAAACGCGAGAGCCAUUGGAUGAUCAUCGGUCUUAUUGGCAGCAUCAUCGCAGGAGGAGAAGAGGCCGUCUCCGCUGUGCUCUUUGGAAAAGUCAUUACUGCUAUUGCCCGUCCUCUUGAUGAGUCACACAGCAUUCGCUCUGACGCUGGCUUUUAUGCGCGGAUGUUUCUCCUACUAGCCGUCGUCAUGCUUCUCAGCAGUGUGGCCGAAGGAGUCGCCUUUGCGAUUGUAGCAGAACACCUCUCCAAUCGCGUUCGUGACUUGACACUGGACCAUUACCUCAAGAUGGAUGUGUCAUUCUUUGACAGGGACGAAAACUCUUUUGGCGCCAUUUCUGGGUUCUUGUCUGGAUCGGCGAGCGACAUUACCGGCCUCAGCGGAAGCGCCCUAGGCAUCAUUUUGAUCUGCUUCUCUACUGUGGUUUCUGGUAUCGUGAUUUCAUUCGCUCUGGGAUGGAAGUUGGCUCUCGUCUGCUUUGCAGUUAUGCCGCUAAUGGUUGGCGGCGGAUACUUUGGCGUUUUGCUUGUGGCCGACUUUGAGGAGAUGAACGAGGAGUUUGCCCACCAAGCCGCCGAGUUUGCUGGGGAGACUCUGGCAGGCAUCCAGACCAUUGCCGCCCUCACCCGCGAGGAUCAAAGCCUGCAGACAUUCCAACAAAAGAUCAGACAAAAUGAGUCAAAAGCUCUCGUCUCCAAUGUUAAGGUGUCUUUUCUCUACGCACUCACGCAGACUGCAUACUAUGCUAGUAUGGCAAUUAGCUUCUGGUACGGCGGGAGGCUUAUCUUGCGCGGCGAGUAUACCCUAUUUCAGGCCAUCACAAUUCAGUCGGCCAUGCUUCUGAGCGCGUUCUCAGCGGGUCUUGUUUUCGCGUGGACGCCAAACAUUGGCAAGGCCAAACAAGCAGCCGCAUCACUGCAGCGUUUGUUGGCGCAAAAGUCGGAGAUUGAUCCUUCGUCAGCCGAGGGUGCAGACCCCGGUGCCGUUGAGGGCCAGCUUCAAUUUAACUCCGUCAGUUUUGCUUAUCCCUCGCGGCCUGACAAUCUGGCGCUCGAUAAUGUGAGCUUCACCAUUCCGGCCGGCGCGAACAUUGCUUUUGUUGGCACGACCGGGUCUGGUAAAAGCACUAUUGUCUCUCUGAUUGAGCGUUUCUAUGAUCCGCUAAAAGGCGCUAUUUUUCUAGAUUCAAAGCCCAUCACUUCACUUCAACUGUCGAAAUACCGCAGCUGUAUCGGGCUUGUUAGCCAAGUGCCGAAUCUGUAUCGCGGAACUAUCCGAGACAACCUAACACUCGGCAUGGAUAAAGAGGCCACGGUAACGGAAGACGAGGUCAAGCAGGCCUGCGAGGAAGCUUUCAUCUACGAUUUUAUUAGCAGUCUACCGGACGGCUUCAAUACAGAGGUGGGCAGCAAGGGCGUUCAGCUCAGCAUCGGGCAAAAGCAGCGAGUUGUACUGGCCCGAACAUUGCUGCGUAAGCCCAAGAUUCUUCUCUUGGACGAAGCGACAUCUGCGCUGGACUCACAGUCCGAGGCCAUCAUUCAGGAAGCCCUCGAGAAGAUGAAGAGAGCCAGGACCACCGUCACCAUUGCACAUCGGCUCAGCACGAUUGUAAAGGCGGACAAAAUUUAUGUAUUGAGCGACGGCCGCAUUGUCGAGUCUGGCACCCAUGCGCAGCUCAUGGCUCGCAAGGCCGAUUAUUACAGACUCUACACCGCGAGCAAGAGUGGACAGACUCUGUAG